CUAUUCAUUGAAGCAGAGCAAGAGGGAAAACUGAAGAACACUGACAGACCAAACAAAAAUGGUGGGUUCAAUGAUUUCCACUCCGAUCUCCGUCGGACCUUGGAAUUCGGCUUUAGCAGCUUGUAUCCGACCCGACCCGGGUGUCCCAUUUCGCUGCAGAACCAUCGCCGUCUCCAACUCCUCAUCUCCCUUAUCCACAACAGCAUUCUUCCAUCUGCAGCAUUCCGCGGCUCGCCCGAUCAACAAUCUCAGACUCAGUCCCAGACAUUCCCAUUAUCUGAAAGCUUCUUCAUCUGCAGCUGGAACUACAGAAUACUUGGAAGAACCUGCAACCAAUGUGAAAUUCCCGAAGUCCUUGAAAGUGCCAGGUUGCACAUCAAGCUCGCUAUCCUUGCUCGGAACUGGAUACAGAGAGAAGGUUUUUGCAAUCAUUGGGGUCAAAGUCUAUGCUGCGGGACUGUAUGUUGAUCAAUCUAUCUUUACUAUAUUGACUGCUUGGAAAGAUCUGUCAGCUGCUGAGAUCGAAGCGAAUUCAUCAUUGUUCAGCUCCAUUUUCCUUGCUCCCUCGGAGAAAGCACUGAGGAUUGUUCUAGUAAGAGAUGUUGACGGAAAAACAUUCUGGGACGCAUUGGAUGAAGCUAUUUCACCCAGGAUCAAAGCACCCACCGAAGCUGAUGAGCCUGCUCUAGCCAAGCUCCGAGCCACGUUUGAGAACCGGCCUCUUAGCAAAGGAACUGUCUUGUUCUUGACAUGGUCGGGUCCCUCUAAAAUGCAUGUUUGCGUGGAUGGCGACACAUCUUCUGGUGCAGAUGCAACGAUAGAAUCGACGAAUGUGGCUGCAGCCCUUUUCGAUGUGUUCUUCGGAGACUCUCCUGUUUCUCCCUCCCUGAAAAUGUCUGUUGCUACCGGGCUGGCAGUGGGUCACAAGUGAACAACACAUCAUGCAACCAUUUUUGGCUAGUUUCCAGUUUAGUGUUACUUGUAGAGCAAGUGAGCAAAAAAUUUAUGUUAUGUAG